AUGGCUAGUUCUUCAAAAUCCACUAAACUUUACCAUACUCGAUCAAUUAGUUUGCCUUGCAGAUCACAUCCCACCACUCUCAGAAUCGACGAGGAGCUGAACAAGCUCAAGACAUGGGAGGCGUCGUCUACACCAACUGCAGACACAAUUUGUGAUGGUCUAUCCGGGCUGCAAGAGUUGUACAACUGCCUGGAUGGUCUUUACAAUUUGCCGGUGACACAACAAGCCCUCUCUCACCAUCAACACGAGAAAUGGAUUAACGAGUUGUUGGAUGGAUCUUUGAGGCUUUUGGACAUUUGUGGUGUUACAAGGGAUGUCAUGUCACAAAUGAAGGAACACAUUAGAGAUGUUCAAUCAGCUAUGCGUAGAAGAAAGGGAGAUUCGAGCAUUGAGAGCAGCAUAGCCAAGUACACUUGCUUUAGAAAGAAGAUGAAGAAGGAUGCCAAAAAGUUGAUUGCAGCAUUGAAGCAAGUGGACAACAAAAUUGAAGCCUCACCCUCACCACUGUUGGAAUCGGAUCAUCACAUCACUUCGUUGAUCAGAGUGCUACGAGAAGUUAAUGUAAUGAGCAUUUCUGUCUUUCACACACUGCUAUUGUUCUUGUCUCUGCCAAUUUCAAAACCAAUGCCAACAAGAAGGUGGUCAUUGGUUUCAAACUUGUUGCUCAAAGGGGCAGUAGGAAGUGAAGGCCAACAGGAGAAUGUGAACGAGUUGGGAAGCGUAGAUAUUGCACUGCACAUACUAAGCAGAUGUGGCAUGACUGAAGGAGAUAAGAUGCAAAGUGCACAAAAUAGUUUCGAGGCCUUGGAGGUUACCAUUGAAGUCCUUGAGAAUGGUUCGGGAAGCUUGUUUAGGCGCUUGAUUAAAGCAAGGGCCUCUCUCCUAAACAUAGUCUCACACUAA